UUCACACUGUGUAUAAACAUGUAGUCUCUGAUCCUGUGGCUUUGAUUUAAUGCAGUCAAUAACAUCUGUUCCUGAAUUGGGGGUGGGCGGGGGGCUGUAACAGUAAUAUCCACAGGUGUAAUAAUGGUGUUAUUGACAACAAUAGCAUCAAACAAACACUCACACACACACAUCAGAGCAUUAGAUUCACAUAGAAAUGUGUGAGUGUGUGUGACCUGUAAACACGCCUCCUCUCCAUGGGCCCUGCCCCCUGUGAUGACAUCACCACAGCAGCAGCUCAGACGAAGGUUUAAACCUGCAGAAAAGUUUCACAUCCACACAGAGACUGAAGAAGAAGAAGAAAAUGGCUGAUUCAACCAGCAGCAGCUCUGACUCUUCAUCACCAUCAUCAUCCAACAACUCCUCCUCUUCCUCACUCAGAGACCUCACACACUCAGCCCUGCAGCUCGUCCACUGGAAACAACCCAAGAAGUCGGCGGCGUCAUUCGGCCUGUCACUGCUGGUUCUCAUUUCUGUGGCAACGCUGUCAGUCAUCAGUGUUGUGUCCUACCUGCUGCUGGCCUGCCUCUGUGUCACCAUCACUUUCAGGGUUUAUAAAUCAGUGAUCCAGGCUGUCCAGAAAUCAGACGAAGGCCAUCCAUUCAGGUCGCUAUUGGAGAGGGACAUCUCAAUGUCUUCGGAGUCAGUCCGCCAGCUUGCUGAUCAGUCUCUGAUCCACCUGAACUGGUUAAGCAGUCAGACCAUGAGGCUGCUGCUGGUUGAAGACCUGGUCGACUCUCUGAAGUUGGCUGCUGUCAUGUGGCUGAUGACGUAUGUUGGAGCUGUGUUUAAUGGCGUCACGAUCCUGAUCCUUGCUGACAUAAUUUUUUUCACCACUCCACUGGUCUACCAGAAGAACAAGACACAGAUUGAUCAGAACAUCGACUUGGUUCGGUGCAGAUUGGAGGAGACGCUGUAUAAGCUGCAGGACAGGUUACCAGGAGCUGUGAAAAGAACCAAAGCUGAGUGACUCCCUGACCUUCAAACACUGUGGCUCUGCCCUCUCCUCUGAUUGGUCCAUUUGUCAGCGACUCACCUGCUG